AUGGAGACUCUGCCACACAACAAGCAGAUGGACUCCAGCAGUUGUGGAGUUUUAGUGUUGAAGUUUGCCGAAAAUUACCUUCUGAGUGGAGAGGUUACUAGGGUGCUGUCCACUCCAGAGGCCGUUGGGCUGCAACGCACUGAAAUUGCUUGCGAACUGCUAGAACAUCAAGGACAGUCACAGGAGAUCAGUCCUUCUCAGCCAUUAAUAGUAGUGGCUGGUGACGACGUUGUUUUGCCAUGCCAGCUGGAACCUCCUGUGGAUGCUGUUCAGAUGACAAUUGAGUGGGGAAAACCUGAUUUGAACCCUGGAUUUGUGUUUGCGCGGCACAAUGGACAGGAGCUUCAGACUGACCAAAACACAGCCUACAAGGGAAGAGUGUCACUGUCCAUCAAUAAGCUAAAGCACGGAGAUGUUUCACUGAAGCUGUCCAAAGUGAAAGUCUCUGAUAGUGGAAGAUACAGAUGUUACAUUCCACAACAGAGUAAAGAAUAUUUUGUUGAGCUUCUAGUUGGUGCUUCCUCCCAACCUGGUGUCAACUUAGCAGGACUCGAUGAAGCGAGCAGUGGAGUUAUGUUGGAUUGUAAGUCUGCAGGAUGGUAUCCAGAGCCUGAAGUAAUAUGGAUGGACAGUGAGGGAAACCUCCUCUCUGCUGGACCUACAGAGACCCUCAGAGGUCCCGAUGACCUCUAUACUGUCAGCAGCAGAGUGACUGUGGAGAAGAGACAUAACAACAACUUCACCUGCAGAGUCCAACAGAGGAACACCAACCAGACCAGAGAAACACACAUAUAUGUUCCAGGCAAAUGA